AUGUCACCCAAACUGCCUAUUCUAAACAGAGGUGCCCCCGUGAAAAUGAAACAGAGAUUCUCCUCUCUCGACGUCAAGGCUCUGGUUGGUCUACGAAUUUCUAACAUCUAUGACCUGUCAUCACGAAUAUUCCUCUUCAAGCUAGCCAAACCAGACACAAGAAGGCAACUCAUUGUCGACGCCGGCUUCAGAUGCCAUCUUACGGAGUACUCUCGCACUACUGCCGCCGCCCCCUCCUCAUUUACCAGUCGCUUGCGCAAGUUCCUGAAAACAAGAAGGGUCACAGCUGUCUCUCAAGUGGGCACAGAUAGGAUCGUUGAUAUCGAGCUUAGCGAUGGCAACUUCCAUGUCCUCCUAGAGUUCUAUGCGGCAGGAAAUAUUAUCCUAACCGACAAGGAUUAUAAGAUACUUGCACUUCACCGGAUUGUACCUGAAGGCAGCGACCAGGAAGAGGUUAGAGUGGGAUUGCAAUACGUUCUCACUAACAAGCAGAAUUAUAAUGGGGUGCCGCCGUUAUCUAUUGAGAGAUUAAGGGAUGCAUUGAAAAAGGCGAAGGGUGUUACGGGACCCGCCGAGGCUGCGGGGAAGAACAAAAGAGCGAAAAAGAAGCAGGCUGAAGCUCUAAGGCGAGCUGUCUCGCUGGGAUUCCCGGAGUAUCCGCCUCUGCUUCUUGAACAUGCAUUCCAUAUAACUGGUUUCGACACGAGUCUGAAACCGGAGCAGCUGCUAGAAGAUCCCAAACUGGCGGAAAAGCUUAUGGUGGCGCUUGUGGUGGCAGAAAAUGUCAACUCCAGUCUUUCAACUGCGGAGGAAACGCCAGGGUAUAUUGUCUCGAAAACAGAAGGUAAAGCCGGAGAGGAUGCCUCGGUGGAUUCUACUGUUCCAUCCAAGUCGAGCAACGUGGCGUAUAUUGAUUUUCACCCUUUCGAGCCGAAGCAGUUUGAGAGCGAACCUGGAACAUCAAUUCUGAGGUUUGAUACGUUCAACAAAGCAGUGGACGAGUACUUCUCGUCAGCCGAAUCACAGAAACUCGAAUCGAGACUCACUGAGCGUGAGGAAAUUGCAAAAAGAAAAUUAGAAGCUGCCCAGAAAGAUCAGGACAAGCGUGUUGGGGUGUUGAAGGAGGCUCAGGAACUUCACAUCCGCAAGGCGCAGGCAAUCGAAGCCAAUUUGCUGCGUGUUGAGGAGGCAAUAAAUGCAGUCAACGGGUUGAUAGCGCAGGGUAUGGACUGGGGCGAAAUUGCUCGUUUGAUAGAGAUGGAACAGGGUCGCCAGAAUCCCGUAGCCAAUGUUAUAAAAUUACCGCUGAAGUUGUACGAAAAUGCGGUUACCUUGCUUUUAGGGGAGCCUACGGAAAAUGAAGAACCGAUGGAUGAAUCUGAGGAUGAGGCGGAAGUGGAAGAGGAGGAAGAACAGGAAAGUAGCGAAGAUGAAGAUAGCGGGAAGAAGCCUGGAGUAUCCAAAAAACCACGGCAACCGCUACUAUCUAUUGAUAUUGAUCUUGGGAUCUCGCCCUGGGCUAAUGCAAGACAAUACUAUGAACAGAAGAAAGUUGCCGCAGUGAAAGAAAAGAAAACUCUCAAUUCCACCAAGGAGGCUAUAAAAAGCACGAAAAAGAAGGUUGCUGCGGACCUUAAGCAGGCAUUGAAACAGGAAAAGCCUGUGCUUCGGCCUACAAGGACUCCGUUCUGGUUUGAAAAAUUCAUAUUUUUUUUGUCUUCUGAUGGAUAUCUUGUUUUGGGUGGCAGAGACGUCCAGCAAACGGAAAUACUGUACCGACGACAUCUAAAAAGAGGGGAUGUGUUUGUACACGCUGAUGUUCAAGGAGCUAUUCCCGUCAUUGUCAAAAAUAAACCGGGCACCCUAGAUGCUCCUAUCCCACCGGGGACUCUUUCCCAAGCCGGCAACCUCUGCGUAGCAACUUCAACUGCAUGGGAUUCUAAAGCGGUAAUGGGGGCGUGGUGGGCGAAUGCCAAUCAAGUAUCCAAGACUACGCCAUUAGGUGAAUACCUUGUAACGGGUGGUUUUGUUAUCUGUGGCGAGAAAAAUCAGCUUCCCCCGGCUCAACUUCUCCUCGGGUUUGCAGUAAUGUUUCAAAUUAGCGGAGAAAGUAUCAAGAAUCAUACCAAGCAUAGAGUACCGGAUGAGGCUCCUACCUCAGAGAGUGCGAAGGAUACUCUAGGGACCGAAGAACUACCCUCUAGUCUCGGUUUGGAAACGCCAAAAUACUCUAAAAGAAAUGAGACAGAUCAUCAGCAUCAAGAGUCUGAUAGUACGGAUCAAGAAAACGGGGAAAUUGAAAAAAUUGCGGACAAUAAGCGAACAAAUCCCUUGUUACAUGAUGGGGCCGAAUCGAAUCGUUCUGGAAGUGAAGGUGAGGAACCGAACAUUGGAGAAAAUGGAUCCCAAGAUGUCGACGCUAGAUAUGACAAGGGAUAUGAUAACUCUAGAUUCGAAGCUGUGGAAGUACCAAAAUUGGGAGAAAUGGAAAACUUACCCAAGGAAGAGGCCAGCUCCGAAACGCAAACGGACUCCAUCACAACACAACCUGCCAAACACCCCUUUGUCAGGGAAAGACCCACCAAUGUACCAUCACGUUCCUCAACUCCAUCCAUAGGGGCAUCAACCGCCACGCCAAACAUCCGCGGAAAACGCGGUAAAAACAAAAAAAUCGCCACCAAAUACCAGCACCAGGACGAGGAGGACCGUGAGCUCGCUCUCCGCCUCCUGGGUUCCGAUUCUAACCCGGAUAAGCUUCGCGAAGCUGCCAAACGCAAAGCGGAUCGACUGGCCGAGCUUGAAGCCCAAAAGCAAAGACGUCGUGCACAGCACGAUCGAGCUGCUCGGGCUGAGCGAGAGCGACAAAAGGCAUUGCAACAACAAGCAGAGACACGGGCGGGUGGUGAUGGUGCUGACGGUGGUGAUACGCAACUCGAUGCAGAUACUGCGGCUGAUCUUUCUUGUCUUCCUUCACUCAUUGGCACUCCUGUGGCAGGUGAUGAAAUCGUCGCAGCAAUUCCCGUCUGUGCACCUUGGACAGCCCUCAGCCAGUAUAAGUAUCGCGCCAAGUUACAGCCUGGGACUGUCAAGAAGGGGAAGGCUGUCAAAGAAAUUUUGGGAAAGUGGAUUGUCGAUGCGACAUCGGAUGCGAAUGCAAUAAAAAAAGGAAUGAGGAAGUGGAAGCGGAAGCAGGGGGACCACGAAAGUGAUGGCGAGGCUGUCAAUGAGAAUACGAACGAGGAAACAGGGAGAGAAAAUGAGGGUAAAGGAGAAGACCGCAACAAUCAUGGGCUUAAUCAGUUAGCGCAGGUAGAGCUUGAGCUUAUAAAGGGAUGGCGGGAUGUUGAAAUCAUGAAUACGCUCCCUGUAAGCAAGGUUAAGAUUGUUUCUGGCGGUGGCGGUGGUGGUUUAGGUGAAAAGGGCGGGGAACGGAAGGGUGCCAAAACCAGUGGAGGUGGAAGGAAGAGUGAGAAGAGUGGGGAGAGUAGGAAGGGAGGGAAGGGGGGGAAGGGGAAGGCCAAAGGAGGUAAAUAA